AUGAAAAGGAAGAGACAAUCAGACGUAGCCAGUGAAGAGCCUCGUCCUACUCGACGGGCUCGAAAAGCUCAGACUCCACCAAAAAAUGCAGACGUUAUCGACCUCACUGGCGAAUCAGAAACUGAAACUACACUAAAGUCGCCAAAGAAACAGACGAAGUCGCCGCGUAAAAAGGACGUGGAGCGCAGACUUCGCGGGUUUAGGUCCAAACCUCCGCAGACCUACUUGGUCAAGCUGGACAGAGCAAGAACGCAAAGGCUAUUUGUCCUUCAACGAACAAGAGGAGGAACUGAAGAAGUCCCAGAGGAAUACAUUGACAUUGCCGGCUCAACUGGAAAUGUAUACCAAGUUAUCAUCGGGAAGGAGCCGUCAUGCACCUGUCCCGAUGCAAGAAAAGGAAAUCAAUGCAAGCACGUAGUCCUAUAUCAUGUCCUCCGAGCACAUGAACAUCUCCGCUACCAGCUCGCGUUUCUAUCAUGGGAGUUGCGCCAAAUUUUCGAGAAUGCGCCGCAAAAUCCUACGGAGGCCGCUACUACAGGCAACACUAAGGGGGUCCGCAAAGAAAUUGACGGGGACUGUCCGAUUUGCUUCAUGCCGCUUGAAGCUGAAAAUGAAUCGAUAGUGUGGUGCAAGGCAGCUUGUGGGAAUAAUAUCCACCAGACUUGUUUUCAGCAAUGGGUUUCCAGUCAAAGUGGGAAGCAAAUUCGAUGCGUUUACUGGUAUAUUGCUAUUAUAUCCCCUGGUUCCUGUCGAACACCAUGGGAGGCAAGUGACGUUCCACCCUUACAGAACUUGCUAGAGACGGGCCGGGUCAAUAGCGAAGGGUACCUGAAUAUUGUUCUACAUAUCAUCAGCCCUUGGGCUACCGACGGCGGUAUCGCUAGCUCUAGUAUGACACCAUUCCCUCAUUUUACUUUUGUUCUUUUAUAUCGACCAGAUGGUUCACCCAUAAGGUAUAAUCCACGCCUCCUAUUCGUUCCUUGGACUUAA